GGUCGCCCGCCGUCGGUCGCCCUCCGUCGGUCGCCCUCCGCCUUGUUCCGCCAUGAACACGGUCCUGUCCCGGGCCAACUCCCUGUUCGCCUUCUCCCUGAGCGUGAUGGCGGCGCUGACCUUCGGCUGCUUCCUCACCACCGCCUUCAAGGAGCGCAGCGUGCCCGUCCGCCUGCACGUCUCCAGGAUCCUGCUAAAAAACGUAGAAGAUUUCACCGGACCUCGAGAAAGAAGCGAUCUGGGAUUCAUUACGUUCGAUGUAACUGCAGAUCUGCAGGGGAUAUUUGAUUGGAAUGUUAAGCAGUUAUUUCUGUACUUAUCGGCAGAAUAUUCAACGAAAAACAACGCUCUGAACCAGGUCGUGCUCUGGGACAAGAUCAUUCUGAGAGGCGACAAUCCGAAGCUGCUGCUGAAGGACAUGAAGUCAAAAUACUUCUUCUUUGACGACGGAAACGGUCUCAAAGGUAACAGGAACGUCACGCUGACCCUCUCUUGGAACGUCGUACCGAACGCCGGAAUUCUACCUCUCGUGACAGGAUCGGGAUAUGUAUCGGUUCCAUUCCCAGAAACCUAUGAAACGACCAAGAGUUAUUAAAUUAUUAUUCUGAAUUCCAAGCCACAUAUUUUUAUACUUGUAUAUUAAUGAAUUUUAUCUCAUUUCUCCCUGCCCUGAUGUCUGUUGCCUCCGCCAAACAAAUCAGGCUCCUUGUUUUGUUAACUCGGGGAAGAAUACUGAAAUCGGGCUUUUCGGCUUUUUUUUUUUUAAACAAGCAAACAGUAAGUCCAAGAUGAUGGGAAAAUGACUUUAAAUCAGUUUUGCAAAAAAAAACCAAACAAGAAACCAAAACGACUCGGCCACUGUUAUCAUCUUUCUUAUAAAUAAAAGCAAAAAAAAA